GAGCAAGGAGGACAGGUGCCUGUGUAAUCUCUGCUUUUAACUAUGGCACCACUUCUCUUGCCAUCACUCCUCCUGUUGGCCCUUCUGAGGGCCCUGCCGGGCACCCAGGCUGCGUGUCCUGUCCCUGCCACCCUGAAGCCCACCGAGGGACCCCGAGAAUGUGCCCGCCUUUAUGACAAGAGUGACGCCUACUAUGAGAAUUGCUGUGCCGGAGCUCAGCUGAGCCUGGAGCCCGGAGUCGACCUGCCCUACCUGCCCUCCGACUGGCACCGCAAAGCCUCCUCCCUGGUGGUGGGUCCCCGCUGUGAGCUCACAGUCUGGUCUCGCUCCGGCAAAGGGGGUAAGACCCGAAAGUUCUCAUCCGGAACCUACCCUCGCCUGGCGGAGUUUCGCCUCGGAAUAUUUGGUGAUUGGAAUAACGCCAUAGGGGCUCUCUACUGCAAGUGUUUCUAAGCUGGCCUGGGACCCCUCCUCAUCCAUCACAGCCCAAACCUUGCACCUGACCCCAUGCCCUCCUCAUUGCCACUUGUGACUGCUGACCAGCCAAAUGCCCAGGUGAGCACCUGGUCCCAACUCUGGUGCCCCGAGACUAUGAACCAUCAACUGCAGGGAUCCAGGAGACUAAGUUCCCAGAGCUCCGCUUCCAAGAACCCCGGAAUUCAGCCCAUUAGCCUUCUAGGGCUAGAGGAGUCCAUUCUAACCCAGAAUCCUAAAGUUAGCUGAGAUCCUGUAUCCCUUCCAGGAGUCCCAACUGGGCCCCUUGUUCUAUCCCAUAUGCCAUCAUCUGGACCCCAGAGCUGACCUGGACUAUGGAGACUGAGCUAAGAGUGAGUCAGGAACCCACUUAACUUGGACCCAGCCAGGAAGCCCAUAGGAAGCUCACCUGACCCUUCUUCCUUUUCCUCCUCACUCCAGGUCCUUUGCCCCAUUUUUCUGCCCUAUCGCUCACUCCUGCUGAUACGCUGGGGACAGUCUCAGAUGCUCGCUCACCCCCUCAAUAAAGAGCUUUUGUGAAACUA